GUUACCUCACUUACCUGUUAUUGAAAUCGAUUCCAAGUUGCCAACCUUUUCUAAAUAAAUCUGGAAAGUCAGAAAUUAGAAAGACGGAAACACCCUCGAUAGACCAGCUUCAGUUUCAAUCGAUUCUUUUAACCUGGACACCGGAUGGGAGGUAAUUGAGUCUUUUCGUUUUGUUUUUCCAGGAGAUGGUUUGACUAAAAUGUAUUCCUUCCAUUAGACCCGACGGAGCAUAUCUCCACUCCUAUAUUAUCAAACGGUUUGAACACGAAAUUCAUUAAUCAGCGUUAGCAUCUCAGGCCGUCAAAACUGAAAAUAUGGGUUACAUCGGAAAGGAUAGCAGGGAAGAAGUUAUACAGGCAUGGUAUAUGGAUGAUAGCAAUGAAGACCAGAGACUUCCCCAUCACCGUGAGCCAAAACAGUUUGUCUCCUUUGACAAACUUGAUGAGCUUGGAGUACUCAGCUGGAGGUUAGAUGCUGACAAUUAUGAAAAGGAUGAGGUUUUGAAGCAAAUCCGUGAAUCCCGAGGAUAUUCCUACAUGGACUUUUGUGAGGUGUGCCCUAAAAAGUUACCCAAUUAUGAAGAGAAGAUCAAAAAUUUCUUUGAAGAGCAUCUUCACACUGAUGAAGAAAUCCGCUAUUGUGUUGCCGGGAGUGGCAAUGCGACUCUUUGUUGGUGACCCAGUUUGGACUCCGUUCAACCGCCCACAUGAUCAUCUCGAUGCAAGGAAAAAGUACAUUGAAACAUUUGGGACGGAUGAUGCUACUACAGGUCUUGUUGUUGAUGCUGCUGCCUAAGCAUGCUAUUGUACUACCAACUACACUACAGACUAUUAUAUUUAACCAAGAAACUUUAACAUCAUGGCUCCUGUUAUCGUUACACUUUGAUAAAAUAAUGUUUCCCAUAGGCACGUGUAUUCUAUGUGAUGGCCUUGGAUUCAGUUUGAUUAUAUGUAUAAAUAUGUGAGUUUGUGAUGACAAUUUUUG